GGAAUGAAAGUGGGUUUGGUGAUGCGAGGACUGUGUGCAGUGGUCUUGUUGCCGCCAUGGAGGAGAGUGAGCUGCGCAACAGAAUGGUUCUCGUCAUGUGUAACCUCAAACCGGCGAAGAUGCGAGGAGUCACAUCUCAGGCGAUGGUCAUGUGUGCUGUGGAAGCAGGUGGCAAGGCCGAACUGGUAGAUCCUCCCCCGGGCGCCAAGGUGGGCGACAGAGUGGUCUGCAAGGAGUACCCGGGCGAGCCAGAGCAGCCUUUUAUGCACCCGAAGAAGAAGAUCUGGGAGAGUGUGAAGGGAGAUCUGAAGGUGGAUUCGAAUGGAGUUGUGAGGUAUAAAGAUGCGCCCCUAGAAGUGGAAGGAAAAGGACUGCUCACUGCCAAACUCAGCAGAAACUGUCAAGUGUCUUGAGAAGUAAAGAAGGAACUGUUGUUGAAUUUAACCUAAGAGAAGACUCUGUGAUCGAAAUAUGGGACUUGAAUUGACAACUGAGUGAUGAUUUGAUAGUAGGAGAAGUUGACAAUUAAAUAAAUUA